AUGAGGGAGCAUUGUCGGCGGGCGAUUGCCUCCCUGUCCAAGUCCUUCAGCGAUACCCGCAGAAGGACCACAAGGAUGUCAGGUUUCCGCCUGCCCUUGCUUCCUUCUGCUUCCCACGAGGAGGUGCCCAAGUUGCAGUGCCGCAGAAGGAGGUGGAGGAGACACUUCACGGUUUCGUUCUCACGAACGAAGCAGGCGACCGCUGCUUUGGGGCGGCUCUCCACAUCUGGUGCUUUGACUCUUCUCGCACGCACUUGGUGCAGAGGGCACUGGCCGUGCUCAGUACGCAGCCGCUUUGGGGGGCCUUCCGUGCAUUCCUUUACAGUUUGCGGUACUCCGGAAAUUCUCCAGAAAGGUUCGUGGUCAGCUUCGUCUCCGAGACACCGUUGCCCCCACCAGGAUUCCAGGUGA